AUGGAUUUGAACUCUAAUUUAUUGCAAAAUAAAUCAUCAGAUAUUAAUGUGUCUCAAAAUUAUGGGACUGACCCUCACUUAACAUUAAUCAACAAUAAACAGUCAUCUGCUUUAAGUGAGGAUAGGACUGAUUUUAAUUUAGGAUUGAAUAAUAAUGUUUAUGUCAGCAGUAUUAAUAAUGGGUAUUUCCAGACAAGGUUUAAAACAUUAAUUUACUAUUUACCUUGCACCGCAUGGAUAACUACAUAUGGUUGGUUGGAUUUUGUUCACGAUUUUGUAGCAGGAUUAUCCUUAGCUUCGUUUCAAAUCCCCCUAAGUAUUUCGUAUGCAUCAUCUUUAGCACAUGUAGAUUUACUAUCAGGUUUGUAUUCAUUGGGAGUUACACCUUUUGUGUAUGCUAUGUUUGGUUCAACUCCUUCGAUGAUUGUAGGCCCAGAAGCUGCCAUAUCUUUGGUAAUUGGUCAAAAUAUAGAAUCUAUAACAACUUAUAAUGAUAAGGUAACUGCUAUUCAAGUUACAACAGUUACAACUUUCCUAGUAGGUUUAAUUUUAUUUUUUUGUGGGAUAAUAAGAUUAGGGUUUAUGGGAUCAAUUUUGAGCAGGGCUCUUCUAAGAGGAUUUAUUGGUUCAGUCGGCUUUGUGAUGGUUCUUAAUUCAUUGAUUAUAGAACUGAAACUUAAUAAAUUAUUGAGAGAUGUCUCAGAUCAUUAUAAUACACCAUUUCAAAAAAUCAUUUUUUUAAUUAAAUAUGCCCCCGAAAAUUAUCAUAAACCAACAUUUAUUUUCAGUUUUAUUGUAUUAUUCAUUUUAUUAGUAUCAAGAGCUUUGAAAAAUAGAUUAGCGAAAAAAAUUAAAUGGAUUAUCUUUUUGCCAGAAAUUUUAUUAGUAAUUUCUGUGAUGUCUUUUAUUUCUUACUGUUAUGACUUCAAAAAAAGAUAUGGUAUGUCAAUUGUAGGUGAUUUUAAUACAAAUGGAUUUGAUGAAUUCAAGAAUCCAUUAUCAUCGAGCUAUAGGCAAUUAAUUCCAUCUUUGGGACAACUCUCUACUAUUGUAGCUACCCUUGGGUUUUUUGAAUCGAUCACUACCUCCAAGGGGUUGGGUGGUAUUAAUAAUUCUGUUGUAUCAUCAAAUAGAGAAUUAAUAGCAUUGGGCCUUAUGAAUUUGGUGGGUUCGGCCUUUGGUAUUUUACCAGCAUUUGGUGGCUAUGGAAGAUCCAAAAUAAACUUGAAAUCAGGUGCUAGAACUGUAAUAUCUGGGGUCUUUAUGGGGUUAAUAACGCUUUUAACUACAAAAUACUUUUUGCCAAUCAUUCAUUAUAUUCCAAACUGUAUUUUAGCUGUUACCACAACAUUGGUUGGAUUAACACUUCUGGAGGAUAUUUCAAAAGAUAUUUUAUUCCAUAUUCGUUGUUAUGGGUACAGUGAAUUGUUUGUUUUUUUUUUAACGAUAGUUUGCACUUUGUUCUGUUCUAUUGAAUUGGGAAUAAUUAUUGGCUGUAUGUAUUCUAUUGCAUCUAUUGUUAAGCAUUCUGCUAAAUCUAGGAUUCAAAUCUUAGCCAAAAUUGAAGGCACUAAUGACUUCAUUAAUGUUAUUGAAUGCAUGGAUGUUGUUGAUUAUGUUUCAGAUAUCACUUUGGAUAAUCUUGAAGGAUGUUUAUUAAUAAAAAUUACAGAGCCUCUUACUUUUACAAAUGCAGAGGACAUGAAGGACAGAUUAGAUAGAGUUAAACGGUUUGGUUCUAUAAAUGCACACCCAGGUUCUAAGGAAAUACGAGAACAAAAUAUUGACUAUGUCAUAUUUGAUCUUCACGGUAUGACUUAUAUUGAUUCUUCAGCAACACAAAUAUUAUAUGAAAUUAUAUGUAGAUAUCAAGAAGAGAAAUCAUUUGUAUUUUUAGUAAGAAUUCCAAAGAAAACUGUGAUAAGAGAAAGGCUUCAAGAAUCUGGUAUUUUUACUUUGUUAAUAACACAUUUAAACAUAUUAGAAACACCAAAUUUUCAGACUUUACCAUUUGAUCCAUUUUCUCUUAAUAGCGUUCAAGAGGCCUUGCUUUUGGUUACCACUAUUAAACAGCAUAUGAAUCAGUGUAGAGAAUCAAAUGAUGAUAAUAGUGUAUUAUCUAAAAUCUUGAUGAAUUCAAAUCUGGUUUAG